UUUAGCAGGUGCAUCGCUUGUCACGGCUGCUGCUUGAUGCUAAAUAUUUAAAUAGAAUUAAAAAAAAAAUUUUUUUAAAUCUUAAAUAAGUUAACCCUUUAAGAAACACGAAUCUACACUGAGCGUCGCCUGCCAUUCGUGACAGCAGUAUCGUGCAUUUCAUUGUUGACUGAACUGCAGUGAACAAACAUUUGGCCAAAGAAUGGACCACGAUGGAUGUUGGUUUCUCUCGCGCUCAAUCCUGCUCGUGUGAAACUCAAACUGUGUAACAUUUUGAAAAGAGCUGCUAUUAGGACAAAAAAAAAAAAAAAAAUGCUUACAUAAAAGUAAAUGAUAUUUAAAUAUUUAAAACCAGAAAUACCACAACUGCUUGCAUGGCAAGACACCUACCGAGGCGAUAUUAACUGCGCCCUCUUGCGGCGAAUAAGCGAACCUCCGUUUGGUCCUUCCGAGUCUCCGUACUGAAGAAAACCUGCCUCCCUAUGCCUUUAUUCGCACACCCAUCAUCUCUCCUCGCCAAAAACACAGAACGGACAGAUGAAAAUACACGGCAAAAUAUUUAGUAUCAUCACUGGAGUGUACGCUGCUAUCAAGGGCUCUCAACAACAUGGAGAUAUAUAAUAUUCCUGCAAUAUGGCAUAAUCCUUUCAUCAGUGUGCAUUUCUUUCCGAAAAAUGAAUUAAUCGGCGUUGUCGGCAGAAAGAAAUAACGCUAUCCGGCAAGUAACUCCCUCGUUUUAUAUGGAUAUUAUGAUAAAACUAACUGUAUUUCAUAAAGAUGACACAUUUAUGGCUGAAACUGACAGUUCUUCCGAAAUAGACAGUCAGCUGAAGUGAAUACAACAAAGAUGAAUCCCUUAUAGAGGAGCUCUCUAGCUUGCAAAGAAUCAAGGUGAUUUAGUAAAUUGCAGUCCGGGAGGGUUCAGCGGUGCGGAGAGGUGACGUUGACCGGAUGCGUGUAGCGGAGUUUGCCGUGUGGCUUUGACCAUGAGCCGGCUGAUGUUGGGCCGGACCCUGGAGCGGAUCUGCAAGGCUGUGCUGUUGCUCUGCCUGGUGCACUUCCUAAUCAUGAUGAUCCUCUACUUUGAUGUCUACAGCCAGCGCUUCGACAUCUUCAGCCGUUUCAACAAUGGCCGUGGAGCAAACAGCUCACGAGGACCCCACCACUACUAUAAUUUCUCCAGCGGAAGGCCCAACACUACCUUUGCAAACUACCUGGCCACAGCCGACCAUCUUCUGCCCAGCACCAAGCCAGAGGCUAACCACACACCGCCGACCCCUAAGCCAUUACCGCCAUGUCCGGAAGUACCUCCUGGCCUGGUGGGACGUCUCCUCAUCGAAUUCAGCUCCCUCAUAACCCUCGAACGGGUGCAGAGAGAGAACCCUAAUGUGACAGAAGGGGGGAAAUACACUCCUCCGGACUGCCGGCCAAAACAAAAGGUGGCCAUUAUCAUCCCGUUCAGACACCGAGACAACCACCUUAAAUAUUGGCUUCACUACCUGCACCCAGUCCUGCGCAGACAGAAGAUCGACUAUGGGAUCUAUAUCAUCAACCAGCUUGGCGAGGACACCUUCAAUCGGGCCAAGCUUCUUAAUGUUGGCUACACCGAGGCUCUUAAAGAUGCAGAAUACGACUGCUUCAUUUUCAGUGAUGUGGACCUGAUCCCUAUGGAUGACCGGAACCUGUACCACUGUUAUGACCAGCCCCGUCAUUUUGCCAUUGCCAUGGACAAAUUCGGCUUUAGGCUACCCUAUGCAGGGUACUUUGGAGGGGUGUCCGGCCUUAGCAAAAAACAGUUCCUCAAAAUCAAUGGCUUCCCUAAUGAGUACUGGGGCUGGGGAGGUGAAGAUGACGACAUUUACAACAGAAUCACACUAAAUGGGAUGAAAGUGUCUCGGCCUGACGUGAGAAUUGGCCGCUACAGGAUGAUCAAGCAUGAGAGAGACAAGCACAAUGAGCCAAACCCCCAGAGGUUCAGUAAGAUCCAGAACACCAAGAACACCAUGAGGAAAGAUGGGAUCAGCUCGCUGAUGUACAGAGUGGUGUCCGUGAAGAAAUAUCCGCUCUACACCAACAUUUCCGUAGAGAUCGGCAAGCCUCCACCCAGACCCCUCAAAGGAUAGAGAGCUACCGGUUCUGGACCAAGGAUACCAUGAUCUUCUUAAAGUUCAGCACACAAACACACACACACAAACUCUGCCCAGGGUCACCUUCCUAUGAUACAGCAGUGAUAUGCUGAACAGGUUAGUUCUCAGGAAUACAUGGAAGCUUGAUGUGGAUCCAACGAUGUACUGUAGAUUCAUAUCCUGAUCCAGAUCGAGAUGUGCACAGUGUCUGGAGGGACGGAAAUUGCAUCAUCAUACUCCAAUGGCUGUUUUGUUCAGACCUUGAGGAUCAAUUCAAGCUUUUAGGCUCUUAACGGGAGGAUUGUUCCGUUCUGGUUUUGGUAAGUGACGUUGAUCUGCGAAGAACAGCCUGGUCACUUGAUGUAAAUCAGUCAGAACAUACUGUACAUUUCAAAAGCGAAUGUGUCUUUGUACCUGCGAUGCUUGCAGUGUUCAAAUCUCUUCUUUCGUAUCUCAGAUGUUGGUUGAUCAUGUGAGGUUGAUAAAUCAGUGCUUGAAGUUGGCUCCUUUGGAUUGUGUCUCUAUCUUGCGCUUUUGUAUCGUCUCUUCGGACUAAGCUGAAUUUGAAAACACUUCUCAGCAUUUCUGGGGAUGAAACCCUUGUUGGGAUGUCUUCAUUGGAACUUGGAGGACAACUAUGUGAUGUGAUUAGACUGGGUCUAGACUAAUCCUACAAGCACUUGACUGUCAGUCAAUAUGGUACAAAUGGAUUGCCGCAGCAUAUCCUCUGGCUGCCGAGUAGAUGCCUGGAGAAACGGCAAGAACUUUUGUUAAGAGAUAGAGGAGCUUCUGUAGAAGUUACUGAUGAUCAAACCUCUGUAUCUAUCACCACCUGCUCAAAACUGACUGUGCUACGAGCCACUCUUUCUUUGUUUACUUUCAUUUGCCUCAAAGAUUCAUAUUUAGAUCUGUCAUAUAUCAAAAACUUGAUCAAAUAAUGCCCUUGUCAUUCAGUUUUAGAGUCUCGCGCCUCUUUUGAUGAUCAUCUUUGGAGGUGUUAUUUAAAUGAUUCUAUGAUAUGUCCAAUAUCAAAAAAUAUACACCAAGGGUCCAAACUCAAUGUUUUGCCACAACUUCCAAUUCGAGUUAUUUGAGGAAGUUUACAGAAUGUGCUGUAAUUAUUUCUUACAGGCCAUGAAUCAACAUAUUUUUGUUUCUGUGGCACAGGAAUUAUUAUUAGCUGUCGUUUUUAGCAUAUUUAUAAGAGCACAGUUCACUAAGAAGCUACUUCAGCCUUAACUGUGCUAUAAAACUACUAAAUAUGAAGAUCUAUAAUUAUGUUCCUUCAUGUUUUUGUUUUGAUAGCUUAAUGUGAAUAAUAUUCAUACACUACCCUUCAAAAGUUUGGGGUCAGUAAGAUAUGUUUUUUUAAGAAAUGAAUACUUUGUCAAUGAAUACUUACAGUAAAGAGUUGUACAUUUGUAUAGUUUAAAUUUCAAAUAAAUGCUUUUCGAAUAUCUGUUCAUUGAAGAUUAAUCAAAUGUUUGACAGUUUCUGCAAAAAAAAAAAAAAAAAACUGUUUUCAACCUCUUGAGUGCCAAAUCAGCAUAUUAGAAUUAUUUCUGAAGCAUCACAUGACACUGAAGAGCAAUGGCUGCUGAAUAUCUUAUCACAGGAAUAACAAAUAAAUUAAAAUAGAAAACAUUUAUUUUCAGUUGUAAUAUUUCACAAUAUUACUGUUUUUACUGUAUUUUUGAUCGAAUAAAUGCAGCAUUAAAGACUUUCAAAGACAAACAAUCUUACCGACCCCACACUUUUGUCCUCCAAAACGGAGGACAAAAAACUUCAGAUAAAAACAAAAACAUAGAUGGAUUAUAAGAUUUAUCUGGUUUCCAUCAUUUUCAUAAUGCAUCGAUGUUAUGUUGAUUUUCACUUGCAUUUGGCGUUUGGCUAAUGUUAAUUUUGGACCCUGUAUUCACCUCUUCCAAAAAGAUCUGAAUAACUGUAUUGAACUGCUUUUCUUUACAAUACUUUGCAAGCCUUUUAAAGUUGUUUUAUUGCUCCUUAUUCCUUCUUCACCUUUUAUUUUACUGCCUGAAAACACCAAGCUGAUGCCUUCAGAUGUAUUAUUAGGGGUAAAUGUGAGGAGAGUUCAAGCUCUUUUUUCUCUCUUAUCGGCUUUUCUGCGCAGUGUGCGGACGCUUCUUUUGUGCUAUCAACGAUUCUUUCAGCCCAGCACAGAGGAAGUCAUUAAUGAGAGCCCAGCCACUCUCCCUGUCCUUUUUAAAAUACACAUUUCCUCGUCUUUCUCCUCAUGCCUUUCAUUUUAGCCUCACCAACCCAUUUCAUUUCUGUGUGUGCAUUUAUGUUGUCUUAACUGCUGACCCAAGCAGUCACUGUGUCACUAACAUUGUUUCCUUCUUGAGUAUUUCAUCACCUCUGUCUCAUGGGUACCACUACCUGUCAGUUAUAAGCGCAUCACUUUUGCCACGCAGUAUUUGUACAUUGGCCGUCAAGCGAAAUAACUGUUAAUACUUACCUGACACAAUUUUGCCUCAAGCCCUUUGAUUUUUCAUGGAUUAAUAGCCUUAAAAGUUGACAUCCAUGUGCACACUAUUCAGAACUAUUCAUUGAUCAUAUUCAAUAAUAUUUACUCUAGCUGUGACCUGCAUUUCAAAUGCUGAGAAACAGUGCUGUAGAAUGCAGUGAAUCCUAAACCUUCAACACGAAUGAGAUUUCAAACCAAUAUCCUUAUUAAAAAGACAUUAUGCUCGUCCUGCAAUGUUUUGGCGAAUGAAAUAGAAAUCUGUUUCUGUUGAAGUAAAAUGAGAUUACUUCCUUUUUGAGUUCAUGUAUCAAGACGUGUAUUAAAUUGAAGAAGAAACUAUGUUGCAGAGCGCAUGUCAUUUACAUUAUCUUAAUUUUUUCAAAAUGAAAAAUGCAGUCCAUAUGGUGUAUACGGAGUGAGCAGAACUAAAUCCAACAUAUUGAAGGCCUCACGCACAUUGUUGCAUGCAGUCUGUCAGGCUUGAUACAGCAUGAUAGUGUAUAAUGUGUAGCCAUUCUUCUGAAAAAUAUGUUUUAUAUUGAUUUAAAGGUGUACUCAGUCAUUUUUGUUGGUUGCACUGAUUGACAUGGCAGAUGUAUGCUGCCAAGACUAAUUUAUUUCACAAGUGAAAUUAUUCAGUAUCUAUUUAUGUAACAUUCAAAGGUUUAUUUUUUUUAAGGAAAUGAUACAUUUAUUUAGCAGGGAUGCAUUUAAGUGAUCAAAAGUGACAAUAAAUAGAUUUCACUUUCAAAUAAACACUGCACUUUUGAACUUUCUGUCUAUCGAUGAAUCCUGUAUCAGUGUUUCCUCAAAAAUAUCCAGCAUUAUUAGAAUGAUUUCUGAAGGAUCACGUGACUGCUGAAAAUUUAGCUUUGCUAUCACAGGAAUACAUUAGAUUUGAACAAUUAACAUUGUUAAAAAUAGAAAACAGUUAUUUUAAAUUGUAAUAAUGCUUCACAAUAAUUCUGUUUUUACAGUAUUUUUUGAUCAAAUAAAUGCCGUCUUUGUGAGCAAAAAGUUUGAAAUAUUACAUAUUUACAUAUUAAUUAUAUAUAUAAUUACGUAUGAAAUUACUGAGUACACCUUAAAGGGGUUCUAGUAAGGCCAUGUAUUUGGAUUGUGUGACUUAAUUCUGUAGUUAUGGUUCUUAUUAGUGAGGAAAAUAAUGAAAUUUCCUUUUAAUUUUUUUUUAUUUUUUUAUUUUUUUAAGUUAGUCUGGUGAUACAAUCAAUUUUUUGAUCUUAAUUUUGCCCCAGUGGCAAAAAAAGCUACUUAUAUUCUACAGUGUAGAUACAGAGUUGCAUUAUUCUUUAGUGUUUUGAAUGGAAUUCAAGUUUCAUUGCAGUUUAUAAAAGUGUAUACAUUUAGAUCAUCUGAUUGUUCCAUUUCAAAGUUACUCAUAUUUCUUGUGCUAACAAUGCAAUCAAGUAAAGCUCGCACAACUGUCAUUACCAACCUUGCAAAGCACAAAUGCAAUCCUUGAGGUCAGGAUGCUGUUCUUCAGCGAAUCUCGCUUUAUAGUUUGCAAAAUCACACCGGUGCCACAAAUGAAUAUACUUUUUAUUUUGAUGCCAUUCUUUUAUAUCACUCUUGGGUCAGCAAACCUUCCCAUCCUGAAAGCUUGCACACACAGACUUGUGUACGUAAUGCUCACCCUCUCUCCUCCAUCACCCUUUUUGUCCUCAGUCGUUCUCUGGAAAAGAACUCCAUCUGUGCUUCAUGCUUAUUAAUGUGAGAGAGGGACAGAUGUGGGCAAGUAUUCCACACCUACACAAAGACUUGCUUAAGAAACUACUGACGGCCUCAGGUCUUCAUGCCUGGGGCGCAUUUUUAAAGACUUACUGUGUCUAUCAAGGUUUUUUGUACAUUGAAUGUCAAAAUACUAUAUCUUAUAUAGAAUGCAUUAUGUCAUAUCAAACAUACUUUUUGUAUACAAUCAAUAAAUCUGAUGCUACAAGAAUCUGAUGAUGGGUUACUG